AUGGACCAGAUCCCUCCCCUUUCAGACUAUUUGCUAACCAGCAGUAUGGAUAGCUCCCAGUCGACCUCGUCAAUAUCCCCCACUCAACCCAACGGGGAUAGCCACCAGCUCCUUCCAGGCCUCCGGGACAUAGUAGGGCCCGAAAUCAACUCUCGACGGUCUCUACUACCGCAACCACCACGCCGUCUCUCUUCCAUACCCGAGUUCUUUAUCCCCGGUAUUUCGGUUGUCUACUUCGACGACAAACCUAUCGUGACGUACACCAUUGGUGGCGCUAAAUACAACAUGGCACAACCAGGGAAUGAAACGAGGAGUGAGCACUCGAGGAUGACCAUCGACGGGCGACGCAUCACGUACCGCCUCGAGGUUGUGCAACAGCCCGAGAAGGCGAGAGCGUGCGGUUCAGGUCCGAGGUCAUCGGCCGACCGUAGACCGGUGGAUCCUCCUCCAGUUGUUGAACUCCGGGUGUUCUGUAAUGACACCGACAUCACGAUGGGCUACGAUGCUACGUUUAUGUUGUAUGCAAGCCUCGAAGUUGCACGGCCCAUCGCGAGCGGAAAGAUGCACACUCCUCCUGCCAUCCCGGUGUUGACGGGCGUUGCAGUUGCCAGCGCCGCUUAUCUGGAUAGGCCAAAGAAGGCUGCCUAUUUCAUCUUUCCAGAUCUCUCCGUGCGGCAUGAGGGCUGGUAUCGACUCAAGUUUUCUCUAUUCGAGGGCGUCAAACAUGAGGCGGACGCGGACCAGGGGAUGCCAUUCGUUCAGUCGGCACAAGCAAGCGAGAAAUUGAGCCCGCCAGUUCGUCACGAGAGCAUGUCAAAUCGUUUGGAGGUUCAAUCGAUUCCGUUCCAGGUCCUGACAAUGAAGACUUUCAAGUACUUGGGACCACCGCCGCCACCAUCGCCAUCGACAUCAGCAGCAGCCGCCGCCGCCCACGGUCCUAUCAAACAGGCCACAAAUGAAGCCAAGGUCCAGGGUGUUUGGGAUCCGCUGGUUUCAGGCCCCGAUUUGAUCUUCAAUCGCUCGGACGGCGCGACAGUCCAUGUCGGCACUCCUUUCGCUCCUUGGGAUUGCCAUGGUCGUUGA